AUGACAGUGGAGAGUGAGUGGGCCCGUAAAAUAAUUGAUUGGUAAAUGGUAACCUUAUGAAUAGGAAUCGGAAUCGGAAGCAAAGCUUUAUAUGAUAUAUCAUGCGGACGACGACGACGACCAAUAAUCCUUCUAACCUUAAAUUUGGCGUCACGGCUCCGCUCCGCUGUUAUUGAGUUAAGUUAUGGAGGAGCAAUUCUUGCUUAGAGUUCCACCUAGUGUCGCUGAGCGGAUAGAGCGUCUUCUGAAUGAAAACAAUCCUUCUUCUUCUUCAUCUGAAGACAAGUCAUUAGAUUUGUCAUUUAGUGAGGAUGGAAGAAGUGGUACAUUUGUGAUUGGGAAUGAUCACUUGUCAGCUUCUCUAUUGGACCUUCCUUGUGUCGUUGAGUCCUGUAAGACUUAUGAUGAUAGCUCUUUGGUUAAGACUGCUGAUAUUGGUCAGAUGGUUAUGGUGAGGGAAUCCGGUGAUGCCGCUCCGGAUGUAAUUGAGUACAGACAUGGCCUCACCCCUCCCAUGAGAGAUGCCCGCAAGCGUAGAUUUCGCAGAGAGCCUGAUCUCAAUCCUGAACUUGUUUCCCGGGUUGAGAAAGAUCUUCUCAAAAUCAUGGCUGGAGGAACAGCUGACAAUGUGGAAGCAGCUGAGCCAGAAGAAGGGGAUGAGAAUGCUCGAGGUGCUAAUAAAAAACCUGCACCUACACCUACACCUGUACCAAAACAUAAUAUUCCGGACACUCCUACAAAUGCAGGGGAGCCAGACAGGACCGACUCUGACGAAUCUGAUGACUCUGUUUGAUCGAAAUCAGCUACUAAAGAAUCUUACAAUGAUGAAAUGCACUGUAUAAUAACUUUUUGCUGUUAAAUCUGGCUCUCAUCGACCAUCUUAAAAUCGGCUAAAGUGGAUUUGCUAUCCCACAUUGUGCAUUUCACUUGCCGAAUGAUUUGUUGUAUUUUACGCCGUGUUUAAUCGUUUAGCAACCUUUAAGGUCCUAAUUUCCCCUGCAUAUAUGUGAAUAAGGGGAAGCAGGUGUUUAUUUGAAGCAAUUUUGUUUUUAAUGUUUCCUCAUCCAGUCAUGGAGGGUGUGACCCGUUAUGCCGCUUGGUUAGUGACCACUGACCAAGUGUUAACAUUUAUCCCUCAAGCUUAGUUUUAUGGACCUAGUGUCAAUUUUGAUACAGAUCAAACA